AUGACUGACCCCAAGCGUGGAAACUACAUCGACCUCAACCAGACACUAUGGUAUCGGCAGUUCAUUAGAGGCUAUAAUACUGAGACGAAGAACCCGUAUCCAGACAAAGACACUCCAGCUACUGAAGCCCAGCUCGACAAUGACUUUGUUGACUUUUGGGGUAAAAGAUUGCGGGCUGAUCCAAAGUUCAGACAGCACAACACGUACAAUGAACUGAUGACAGAGUUUUGGGACGAUCCCAACAUCAUCCUGCAGACGUAUGCUGUCGCAGAUGGUCAAACGGUUCCCAAAUACAAGCAGAAAGACUGGUUCCGAUCGGAGCUUCGCUUCAUCUCCAUUCUCUUCCCAGCUGAUGCGAACCACAAGAAAGAUACCAAGACCCCGGUUGCUUCCGUGUCCUGGGCGCCAUGGUUUGUCAUGGUUGCUGCAUCCGCCGACAUCCACUCUGAGAAAGACAUUUUGCAUAUCAUGAGUUGGUCGCGCAAUGACGGCCAAUUCAGAUACUAUGCUCGUGAUCUUAUCAUGAAUGAUGAUGUUAAAGGGCAACAUGGUUGGGUCUACCUUUGCUCUUCCAUGGAUGCAUUCGAUGCCCCAGGAAAAGCAUACCUAGGUCCUCUAAACGGCCAUGUCAACGGAGGUAUCGUCAUGAAAGAGAUCCACAAGCCAUGGAUGCACUGGUUAGUCGGUGGUCGAGGCAUGACAGAGAUGCUGAAGCCUGAGCUUGUCAAGGAACUCAUGGAGGCUCCAUGGCUCACUCAUCCUGGCUUUCCUCCUCUCUACGGAGCAAGUGUGCAAUCUGGAGAGACGAUGGAGAGAAUCGUGCUUGACUCUCUUCGUGUUUGGUUCUCCAGCCGACGCAACAAGGACUUCAUGGCUCAAGACGGUAAAACAGAGGAGUGUCCCCGCAAUGUUCAACGAUGGGCAGCACACUUUUUUCUGUCAACAAAUAUCAACAUUGCCGCCUCACCCAGCAAGGCGAGGGUGGGUUCUGCCCCGAGCAACGACAACAUUAUUCCUUCGGAUCAUUUCUUCAACUAUGAAAUGUUAAGAGGGUAUAGCGAGCUUCUACCUAACCGAAACUUGCAUGACGCAGCGUGGCUGAAAGCUCACAUCUUGGACGAAACUCCAACCGCUUUGACUACCUGGAACGAGAGCAAUUUUCCAAACGACAAGAGUCAGUACUAUACCCAAGAAGAUUGGUUCCAAAGCUAUACCAUCCCAAAGUUCGCCUAUGAUGGACCCUCUUACCUCUGGGCUUCUCGAGAGCUGAAGCUUUGCACUUUGCAAGAGAUAAGCGACCCGGAGAAGGCCCAGCUCAUUGUCCCAACCAAAACUUUAGCAGGCGGUAUAAUGAUGGGCACUCUUGAGAAUGGUCAUGAGGACAUUAAUGGUGGAAAGCAAGUCAACUUUGCUGUUCAGCAGUGGGGUGAGGGAGAUAACCCCUGGGUCAUUCUUCAAAGUUCUGUCGAUGAUGCGAUGGGCGUGUGGAUGGCGCAGAAAAUGUUCUUGGGGGAUGACAAGGAAGCUGCACGAUGCCAGCUAUUCUCCGAGGCCACAUUCAAUGCGCUCCAGAUGGUUGAUUUCUGGAACCCUAUCUAUUCCUGGAGACGGCUUAAGCUUAUGCAGUACAUUCCUGUCGAAGCUAAGCUUGUUGAUACACCUACUGUCGAUCCUGUCACCGGUGAAAACGUCUUUACCUACGACCUGGAAAGUAACUUCAUCGCUGCCAUCAAACAGAGAAUGGACGGCAGGGGCAACUUGGAGGAUCUUCAGGAUGAGUGGCCAGAGGCCGAGUUCCUGUGCAACUUGGAGAAGCCUCUUAUCGAGCAUCAGAUUCGCAUUUCCAACUACACCAACGCAGUUGCCAACAACCUCGGUGAUUCGAAGUGGAUCCUGGAGUACCUCAAGCUUGCUGAGUCUCGACGUCGCAUGUUCAGACCCAUGCCUAUGAACUUCUUUGGAAGCAACAUUCCUUAUUGUCUAGCCAUGACAGUUGACCACCCAUGGCAAGAGAUGACAGAGGAAGGCAAAGUACGAGACAUACCCAAGGAUGGCGUCGAUAUUCUUAAAGUUUGGCUUGGUUCGUUAGCGGGUAACGAUCCCAACAUCAUUCCUACCAAGUUCAAAGGUCUCAAGCAUCUGAGCGAGUUCACAGACGCUAUUCAGGACAGGCUCGACAGUGACGUGCCUGGAUUGCCUGUCGUGCUUUUGCCCAGACCAUCUACGAUGCGCAUGGCUUGCCAACGCUCGAUCGCUAUGACCAACCCAGAGACAAAAGAGCGACCCCAUAGCUGUCCUUUCUUGGCAGAGAAGCACUCUGCUUCUAUUCAUACAGCGGUAAAAGUUUGA